CAAAGACUUCUUCCCUUCAACCUUGGCUCCAUGUGAUUUCCAUCAAGAGUUUCUGGCCCUCCAUUCUUCAGAGGCUUCUUCCAGGGGAGACCCUGCAGCCCACUUUGUAGAGCCUGGUAACCUCUCACUUCUCAGCCCUGAUGGCCUGGCACUUCUAGAGAAACAAGUCCAAAAGAGGAGUGACAUCCUGAUGUGGAAGGAAAUGAAAAAGGGUACUUUUCCAAAACAAACAAUUGCUGAUAAACAUGACUUGGCAGCCUCCCUUCCUUUCAGGAGCAGCAAAGACCAAUCAAAGGAGCUGCAUAUGCAUCAGCAGCCCCCAUAUCCUAUAACAACUUUGGAGGAAGGCCAUUUACAGCAAACCCCUAUCCAGCUCUUCUGGGGUCUCCCAACUCUUCAUAGUGAGUCCUUGUUCUCUACCGCCCAUGUCUCAGAUGAUUGUUCCUCCAUCUUUAUUUUCAACAGAAUCUCAAAUGCCUCCACAGAGCAGGAAUCCCCAGUAGUUCCCCAUCCUCUUCCUCUAUCCUUGCCUGAGAACCAGCCUCAACUCCUGACUCAAACCCAGCCCCAAUCCCAGCCCCCACCCAUCCCUCAGGCCCAGCCCCAGGCCCACCUUCAAUCCCCACUCCCAAUCCUGCCAUCUUGUCCUCCACCCCAGAUUAAGAUCUGUGGAGUGUGUUUUCACAGACCUCAGAAUGAAUCAGAGUGUCUCAUAUCGACUGAAAUGAAACAUCUGGAAUGGAAUGUGUUGCAGAAGGAACAGGAAAGUAUGUGGGGUUUACCCACUGUUGUCCGAAGAUCCCAGGAGGACUAUUGUCCUUCAGCUCCUAACCCUCCUCUUAACCGUUGGGCCUCCCAGGCCCACGUUGCAAUCUCUAUCCUUCCUGGACAGUUUCCUCUCAGUGAUGAGCUUCGGACAAAACUAGAGCGUCACCUUCGAAAGAGGCUCAUCCAGCACCGGUGGGGCAUGCCCUACAGGAUCUAUGAGCCUCUAUUAUUGAUGAUGCGUCCAAGAAUUUUUUCAGAGAUACCUGCCUCACAGCACUAUCGUGGACGCACAUGGAUCUCUAAGAGUCAGAGUAAAUUGAGCGCAUCUGAAAGCUUCUAUGAGGGGGACUCAGACAUACUUCAGCUAGAGGACGAUGACCUGGAGAAGGACGGUGACCAGAAGGACAAAAAUGACCUGGAGAAGGAUCAGAGACACCACCCAGAGAAGGGCCCAAAAGAUUAUCUGUUGACUGACCCAGAGAGCUCUUCAGAUAAUGAUAUGGGGUAUGAUUGUGAGAAAGAACUUAGGAGCCCAUCAGAGAAAAACUUAACGGUGUCUGUGGAGACUGCAGGUCAGAGACAACUUGAAAAUGCUCUGAAAAUACAUCAGAGCAAAAAGUUUAAAGAAAUCAGUGAGGGUCAGCUCCCUGGGACUGUGCACAGUUCAUGGCAUAGUAUGAAGCAGCCAUUGCUUCUUUCUGAGAAAUCCCACACUGAAGUAAAACAGAAAAGUUUGUCACCAUCAGUGGCUGAGGACUGCUCCCUGAAUACUUUCCAGGAGCUUCCCUUUGUUGAAUCUAGAGCACAACAGAUGCUGGAAGCCCAUAUUAAAAGGUUUC